GUAACAUUCAAAACCUGCCAAAUGCUACUUUAGAAAACGAAGAGAGGGGACGACAUUACUGAUGUCCUAUUAGCCUUUCCUUUUUUUCUUUCCACAAUUAUUUCUGUAAAAUCUCAUGGAGCUUCUAUAGAACAUUAGUUCCAAGGCGCCUUCAUGACUCGAAACAAUCUUCGCGAUCAAUUAAGUUGGUUACUCGCGAAUGUUGCUCUAACCUCGCCAAACGCGCCUAUUCUACCACCCGCUCGAGACCAACCUUUCUCCGCUAUCUCCUCUUCUCUCACCAAUUCGACCUCCUCAAGUUCUGAAACGCGUCCCAAAGACCUUACUGAUUCGCCUUUAUAUCCAAUUCUUCCCGAUAUCCAGUCUUUGCACCCAGAACCGCCCGAUGGGUCAACGAAACCGGUGGCGAAACCGCUCCAAGCGUCCGGGGAAGAUACGGUGAGAGAAAAUAUGGGGAGAUUGUCUUCAAAAUCUGGCUCGAAACGGCCUACUCUCAUUUUAUGCCAGGAGCAAUUGCUUAGCCCAGCAUCUACGAGCGGAGGCGCGGGGUUGACAUUGGGGUCAGGGUCGGGAUCAGGAUCAGGAUCCGGGUCUCUUGCUAAAGAAUAUAGCGCGUUGCUGAAAAGUUCAGGUGUUGCGAAUUCUGCUAAGAAAAGAGCGUCUCCCCGAAAGCAAUUUCCAACCCCAGGGCCCGCAUUCGGAAGCGAUCGUACUUACGACACGGUCGAUCUAACCAACGAUGAAGAACUGACUUCGGUGAAUUCUGUUGCAUUCGGAAGUAACAUUGGACUAUGGCGGGAAGAUUUUGCUGGCCGGCCCGGACCAGCAUCCACUACCACCGCACCCUCAGUUGCGUUCGGAACCGACAUCGUGAUAUGGGAGGAAGAACAUGCUAUGCGACCAGAGCCUAUAACUACGACCGAAAACUCGGUGGCAUUCGGGAGUGACGUUAUGAUAUGGGAGGAGGAACAAGCUUCACGGCCUGCGCCGUUGACUCCCAAACGAGGUAAAAAGAGAAAGAGUGACCAAAUCAGUCAACCGCCUACUACCACUGUCGCUUCAGCAGAUGACUUUCCUGAUAUCUACGAAGUUUUGUCCGAGGAAGAAUCCAUGCAUUCUCACCUGAAGAAAUCCCCAACGAGAUCACCAGCCAAGACGAAGCUGAAGAGGGCUAGUCAGUCGCCAUCGAAAAUUGCAAGCACGUCCAGGAAGGACACGACUCGACGGGCCAGAAAAGAAGAGAUCAAGGAUGAUUCUUCGUCUGUCGAUGAGCGUAUUAUAAAGCGAUCCCCCGCGAAGCCAUCGCUGAAAAAUGUUGCUCCUUAUGAUGCAUCGGGCUCUGAGGACAAGUCUGCGAUCUCUUCCGUCCAUGAUUCAUGCUCGGAAGAUACUCCAGAAACUCCCAAAGCGCAGACGACGGAAAGAUUUCGAACUUUGAAACAUGAUGACCGGGUUAUUGAGGACUCGGCUGAUGAGCUCAUAACACCUCCUGCCUACAACGCACCAGACAGCACAGCUCAUUCAAGCAGUCGCCCGAAGCCUUCGGCUCGGAGGUCUUGGGAUGACGGUGACGAUGACGUUGUCGCUUACGAUACGCCCUCCAAGCCAAGACAGAUAGCCCAAGUUGAAAGGCGUACGCCAUUUCGCUCGUCCCAGAAACUUAAGCGGGAUGUAUCUUCUCAGGUUAGUAUGACCAGGGGCUACGACGAGGACCUGGAAGCUGGUCCGUCGCAGAGAACUCAGUUGAUUAGUGAACCAAGCAUCACAAUUGACGAGGAUGAGCAAGACGCCAUCCUGGAAUUAUUCCUGGCGCAACCUUCAGAUACUAUAGAGAGAGCCAGACAGAUAUUGGAAGGACGAAUACAAAGCAAUAAGGACGCAUAUAAGCAGUCCUUGAAAAGUGGCGACCUCGGACCUAGAAGUCGCCUCAAGCAGGAGAAAGAGCAGUUGACACGACGGCAGGCUGCUUUGAGUGACCUCUCAAACGACUUGCGUUCUUACGAGGAAAUUCAACACAAGAAGGAUGCAUUGAUUAUACGAAUCUCGGACGCCUACGACCAAGACUUAGAUACACAGGAUGACGAGGCUCGACUUGAAGAAUUAGAGGAUGUACUAAAAGAACGCCGGUCAAUCUUGAAGCCUAGUCUUCUGAGGGCCGGCAUCGACAGUCGGAGCUUUUUUGAGGCUAGCGAGAGUCUCGGUACCGAAGCCGAGCAUUCUAACCCUGUUGUACGCGCGACUCAACCAGCCAGAUCUGCACCGUCGACGAAUUUUUCGCGCGAGUCGACGCUUAUCCCACGAGGCAGUACCCAAGUCAUUCUUCAAACUCAGCUUUCUCACCAAGUAGACGAUUCUUUCCCAAUCCCGGAUCAGGACUAUGAGGAACCACCGUUGCCACCGCCGAGUACCACAGGUAGACCCCGUCGCCGAGUUGCUUCUCCUAUACCAGAAUUGGACGAACAAAUCGACGAACAACCACCGUUCACGAUAACUAGUAACAGCAGGCUGGCAAGAUCCCCAACUCGUCAGAAACAGCCUGUAGCUAUAAGUCAGGAUCCUUACAAUUUUGACAACGACGACGACGGCCUAUUUGAGGAACCGAUACCCCAACCUAGUCGGCGUAUACCAAAGAAGACGACAAGUUCUCAACCAGGGAAUGAAAAGACUCGCAAGAGCCCGGUCAAAGCGAAGUCUAGCCAGAAAGAAGGCUACCAGAGUGACUAUAGUGACGAUGUCGACAUGGUCCAAUUUGCAGAGGAGCUUGAUCUUCGGCAAUCAUCCUCGGAGAAUAGGCUACCUAAGACUCAUCGUCCCGUCCUUUCGGAAACAUCUGGAAAUGCAGGGAUGCGACCCCAGAAGACGGCCAUCAAUAAGACUGUGGACCCAUUGAUGUCGGCACAAAUUCCACGUGAGCUCAAGAACCGUCCGUGGUUUAAAGAUGUGAGAAAGGCGUUAAAGGAUAGAUUCAGAAUGACUGGAUUCAGGCAUAACCAACUAGAGGCGAUCGAUGCUACCCUAGCGGGUAAAGACGCGUUCAUACUAAUGCCUACAGGAGGUGGCAAAUCUCUUUGCUACCAACUCCCGGCUGUGAUCACGAGCGGAAAGACGCAUGGUGUUACAGUGGUCGUGUCUCCCCUUAUCAGCUUAAUGCAGGAUCAAGUCGCACAUCUCGAGGCAUUGAAUAUCCGAGCUGCUGCCUUCAGCGGUGAGCUUAAUCAGUCAGAACGGAGUAAAAUCAUGCGUCAUUUGAAGGAAAGCCAUCCUGAGCAUCACGUACAACUUCUUUACGUCACCCCCGAGAUGAUCAAGAAUAGCCAGGCUUUCCUAGAUGGCCUGGCCACCCUCUAUAAAAACAAGAAGCUUGCACGUCUCGUAAUUGACGAAGCCCACUGCGUGAGCCAAUGGGGUCACGAUUUCCGCCCUGACUACAAGGAGCUGGGUAGCUUCAGAGACAUGUUCCCCGGUGUACCUCUGAUGGCACUCACAGCGACUGCAACGAAGAACGUUAUCUUGGAUGUGAAGCAUAAUCUCAAGAUUGAAGCAUGCCAGGAAUUUUCUCAAAGCUUCAAUCGUCCUAACCUCUACUACGAGGUUUUGAAAAAGGAAAAAGAUAGCGUCGAAAGCAUUGCCGAACUGAUCAAAACGAAGUACAAGGGAAAGACGGGCAUCGUAUACACGCUUUCCCGUAAAUCGGCAGAGAAGAUUGCUGAGAAACUACGAGGUCACAGAAUAGCCGCUCGGCACUACCACGCAAGCAUCAAAGUCCACGAGAAGGUAGAGGUCCAGACAAGCUGGCAAGCCGGUGAAACCAAAGUAGUUGUAGCGACUAUAGCGUUUGGAAUGGGCAUCGACAAGCCUGAUGUUCGCUUCGUCAUCCAUCAUUCUAUCCCCAAGAGCCUCGAAGGAUAUUAUCAAGAGACCGGCCGUGCCGGUCGGGAUGGGCUGCCUUCCGAGUGCUACUUAUACUUCAGCUACGGAGAUGUUUCCUCUCUCAGACGGAUGAUAACAGACGGCGAUGGCAACGAAGAGCAGAAAGAAAGACAGAGGAAUAUGCUGAACACAGUGGCUGCAUUUUGUGACAACCAGAGUGAUUGCCGAAGAGCAGAAAUUCUCCGUUAUUUUGGUGAAGCAUUUGACAAACGGCAGUGCGGAAAGACCUGUGAUAAUUGUCUAAACGAGGAGGUAUUUGAGCAGAAGGAUUUCAGUCCGUAUGCAGUCGCAGUACUGUCGAUCAUGAAGUCCCAAGGAAGGCUCACGCUCGUCCAAUGUACGGAUUUCUUAAUGGGCAAGAAAAAGCUAUCGGAAUAUAGGGAUGGGACGGAUCAGUAUCGUGGAAUCGCUAAGCAGAUGCAAAAACACGAAAUACAUCGAAUUAUCGACCGACUUGUUGCAGAGGACGCACUGAUAGAAGAGAACAUCUUCAAUAACAAGGCUCGAAUGGCCAUUCAAUAUUUCAAGGUUGGGCCUGGUGCGCGUGCCUUCUUCAACAAUCAACGUCGUCUUUUCCUGACUACUCGAGUUAAGGACAAGGGUAGCCAGAGCGGCGUAUCUAAGAGGCUGACACGAAUUAACGAGCCUGCGACCGCUGCGACGAAGCGGGCUACUACUAGUAGUCACAUCCCAUCUACCAACGUGUCAUCCCCCAUCAUAGGUAGAGAUCGCAAGAAUAAAGGCAAGGCUGCGAUGGUCUCGGAAAGCGAAGGUAGCGACGACGAUUAUUCUAAAUUUAGCAACGGGUAUGCUAAAGAUGGUUUCGUAGUCACCGACGAUUCCGAGGAUGAUUUCGAGGCGAUGCCUCCUCCACGCUCUAAAGCCCGGUCUCAACGAACUGCAUUAGGGCCGCCAAUAUCCCACGAUGCGCGUAUGAGCAGUGCUGAAUUAUCCGGUCUUCACGAUGACAUACUCCACAGCUUCUUAGAAGCGGCUAAAGAUCUGGAAGAGAAAAUCCGGAAUUCGAAGAACCUGCGCUCGCCUAUUUUUACCGAGCAGCAGCUUCGAGAGAUGGCUAUCAGGUGGACCAUUUCGCUGGACAAGAUGCACCUAAUACCCGGUAUUAACAGCGACAAGGUGGAUCGGUACGGUAGUAGAAUCCUACCCUUAAUACAACAAUACCACAAACAGUAUAAAGAAAUUAUGAGUCAGAUGAGCCCCCAAGCUACCGCUGUUGCAUCCGGCUCUCACGAUAUCGUUGAUCUCGUGUCGAGUGACGACGAUAUGGAUGAUAUCGAGGAUGAGGCGGAUGGGGAUAUCGACGAUCCAGGUGCAAUAUCGUCCUACUUUGCAUCACCCGCAGAGAAUGCAGGACGAGGGGCUACAGCAUCCCGCGCACGCUCCACACCGUCUGCGGCUCGCUCGUCGAAGGGAAGCACAUGGCACGGAAGCAAGAAGCCUUUCCAGCGUCGGACAUCUGGAGGUUCUACCAGGGGAAGCAAGCCAUACGGAGGCGUCAAGAAGAAAGCUACUACUAGCAGUCGAAAGACGACAUCGUCCGCUGCUUUCGGCGGAUCGAAGCGAACAGGAAAGUCAGCAGGUGCUAGUAGUAGCAGUAGAGCGAGGACGCAAGGCGUAAGUCAUAGCGGUAUUGGACUCAUGGAGCAUUGAUGGGUCGAGGUACUUGACGGAUUGAUUCAAUAAGGCGCAUUAUACAAGCUGCAUUGCGCGUUUGAUAUUUUGCCAUGGCAUGGACGAUCGAUGAGAUGACAAGGGAUUGGACUGGACUGGCGUAAUUGCGGGCGUUUUGAUAUUCUAAAACCUACUAUUCUACUUCGGCGUUGACAAGGAAGCAAACGAUACCUUCUGUUCCCCAGCAUGGCGGUAGAUAGAUACCUAGAUACCUAGACGUCUUUGGGCAGUGCUUAUGACUUUCACUGCGGGAGUUAAGUUUAACUUAGUACGCGAUUCGUGUCUUUAGGGCUGGUUAACCGGUCUUUCAAAGGGGGCACGAAUAAAAGGAGGGGACGAUAUAGUUACUACUGCCUAGCGUAUGUGUCCCAAUAUAAUUUUAUCAAAUCGCAAU